CCAUUUUUUUAUCUCCGCUUCCACUGUUCCACCAAACCAAGCCGAGAAAUUUCUCCUAAAUUUCAGAUCAAAUCCUCCUCCUCCUCCCCCUCUCCCUCUCCGAGGAUUCUGCCCAGCAGCGCGGCGAUCCGCCUCGAUCCGGAAUGGAGCGCGUCUUCUCCAUGGAGGAGAUCCCCAACCCCUACUGGGCCCCGCCGCACCCUCAACCGGCGGCCGGCGGCGCUGUUGCUGCACCAGGUGGAGUAGGAGGAGCGGGGGACGCGGCGGGCGCGAUGAACCGGUGCCCAUCUGAGUGGUACUUCCAGAAGUUCCUCGAGGAGGCCGUGCUCGACAGUCCGGGUCCCGUCGCCGGCGUGGGUAGAAGCAGCGGACAAGCUGGAGUUGAGGCGGCGGAGAGCAAGCCGCUGGGCGCCGCGGCGCCGGCGUCCGUCUCGAGCUCGGUCGUUGACCCCGUCGAGUACAACGCGAUGCUCAAGCAGAAGCUGGAGAAGGACCUCGCUGCCAUCGCUAUGUGGAGGGCUUCUGGUGCAGCACCUCCAGAUCUUUCUGCGACUGCUGCUUCCUUGCCAAGUGUCGGUGCUCCGCAUGCAGCUCCUCUUAAACCCGUCGGAGGUACUGAAAGUCUAGUUCAAAACAUGCUAGCUGGUGCUCCAGUAGGGGGGUCAGGUCCACAUGUAGUACAAAUUGCUGAUAUCCCUGUUAAGCAAACCACUAGCUCUUCCUCACGAGAGCAGUCAGAUGAUGAUGACAUGGAAGGCGAUGCUGAGACAAAUGGAAAUGGAAACCCUGUUCAACAAAGACAACAGAGAAGGAAGCAAUCCAACCGGGAAUCAGCCAGGCGUUCGAGAAGCAGAAAGGCGGCUCACUUGAAUGAACUGGAGGCACAGGUAGCACAAUUAAGAGUCGAAAACUCUUCGCUGCUAAGGCGGCUUGCUGAUGUUAACCAGAAGUUCAAUGAAGCUGCUGUUGACAAUAGGGUGCUAAAGGCAGACGUCGAAACCUUAAGAGCAAAGGUGAAGAUGGCAGAGGACUCGGUGAAGCGGGUAACAGGCAUGAACGCAUUGUACCCUGCCGUGUCGGAUAUGUCUUCCCUCAGCAUGCCAUUCAAUGGCUCCCCUUCUGACUCCGCCUCUGAUAGCACCGUCCCGGUACAAGAUGACCUGAACAGUUACUUCGCCAACCCAAGCGAAAUCGGAUGCAACAACGGCUACAUGCCAGAUAUAGCCUCCUCGGUUCAACAGGACGACAAUUUUGUCAACGGGUAUCAGGCUGCUGGCAAGAUGGGCAGAACAGACUCGCUGCAGCGGGUGGCAAGCCUGGAGCACCUCCAGAAAAGAAUGUGCGGAGGCCCGGCUUCAUCCGGCUCGACCUCCUAGGUUUCAUAUGAAAAAGUCCCUGGUGCCUAACGGCAAGAAUGCUAAAUUAACAAUUUCAACAUGCUUUGUACUGGACAUUGAUAAUCCUGCGAUGCGCAUUAGUGCGUUAUGGACUUGUGGGUCAAUUGCUAUUUGGCGUGUGCUGGCUGCUCACUGUAGUGAGCAGAACAAGUUCCAGUUUCUAUCGAAGAGCACCCUCUCCUUUUCGCUAGUGACUUAUGAAUGGUCGAUGGUUUAUUAGCAACAUUGUGUCUUUCGCAAGUUCAGUAAUGAAUGGUCGACAGGGAUGAAAAUAAAUACUUAUAAAG